CGGAGUCCGCGGACCCGGCGCCCAGGCGGCCACCCGAGAGGCGGCGCGCACGCUCCGGCCCGCGGUGAGGCGCGAGGAGCCGCCCACGGGGAGAGGACGCCGGGACGCCGAGGGAAGCUGGGCCCGCCAGGGGGUCCUCCGCCCGGCUCGGCGCCGCGUAACCCGGGCACCCACCCGCAGCAGCUCGGCCUGGCCAUGGCGGCCCCCCGCCCGUCUCCCGCGAUCUCCGUCUCGGUCUCGGCUCCGGCGUUUUACGCCCCGCAGAAGAAGUUUGGCCCCGUGGUGGCCCCGAAGCCCAAAGUGAAUCCCUUUCGGCCCGGGGACAGCGAGCCUCUCCCAGCCGGCGGGGCCCAGCGCGCACAGAUGGGCCGGGUGGGCGAGAUUCCCCCGCCGCCCCCGGAAGACCUCCCCUUACCGCCCCCUCCCCUUCCUGGGGAUGUUGAGGACGCGGAGGGCACCCUGGGAGGUGCCUUCCCACCCCCGCCUCCGCCGAUCGAGGAACCGUUUCCCCCUGCGCCUCUGGAGGAGGAGAUCUUCCCUUCCCCACCGCCUCCCUUGGAGGAGGGAGGGCCCGAGGCUCACAUCCCGCACCAACCGCAGCCCAGGGAGAAGGUGAGCAGCAUUGACCUGGAGAUAGACUCCUUGUCCUCACUGCUGGAUGACAUGACCAGGAAUGAUCCCUUCAAAGCCCGCGUCUCAUCUGGAUAUGUGCCCCCACCUGUCAGCACCCCACUCAUUCCCAAAACCAGCCCUAAGCCCGCAGCCGGGGGCUCGGCACCCCUGCCUCCUUGGAAGACUCCUAGCUCCCAGCCUGUGCCCCAGGCUCAGCCUCAGCCUCAGCCUCCAAGCCACAUGCAUCACCCACCCCAGCCCCAGGCCAAGCCUCAGGUCCAGCUCCAUGUCCAGCCCCAGCCCCAGCCCCAGCCUCAGCCUGUGCCUUUGGCUAACAGUCAGCCUCGAGGUCCCCCAGCCCCAUCUCCAGCCCCUAAGUUUUCUCCAGUCACUCCCAAGUUCACCCCUGUGGCUUCCAAGUUCAGCCCUGGAGCCCCAGGUGGACCUGGGUCCCAGCCAAACCAGAAGCUGGGGCCCCCUCCAGCCCCCUCUUCCGCUGGCACAGGCUCCCCUCAGCCCCCCAGCUUCACCUAUGCUCAGCAGAGAGAGAAGCCCCGAGUGCAGGAGAAGCAGCACCCGGUGCCCCCGCCGGCUCAAAACCAAAACCAGGUGCGCUCCCCAGGGGCCCCAGGACCUCUGACUCUGAAGGAGGUGGAGGAGCUGGAGCAGCUGACCCAGAAGCUCAUGCAGGACAUGGAGCAUCCUCAGAGGCAGAACGUGGCUGUCAAUGAGUCCUGUGGCCGGUGUCACCAGCCCCUGGCACGUGCGCAGCCCGCAGUUCGUGCUCUGGGACAGCUCUUCCACAUCGCCUGCUUUACCUGCCACCAGUGUGAGCAGCAACUACAAGGACAGCAGUUCUACAGCCUGGAGGGCGCGCCGUACUGUGAGCGCUGCUACACUGACACCCUGGAGAAGUGCAACACCUGUGGCCAGCCCAUCACUGACCGCAUGCUGAGGGCCACAGGCAAAGCCUACCACCCGCAGUGCUUCACCUGUGUGGUCUGCGCCUGCCCCCUGGAAGGCACCUCCUUCAUCGUGGACCAGGCCAACCGGCCCCACUGCGUCCCCGACUACCACAAGCAGUACGCGCCCAGGUGCUCUGUCUGUGCGGAACCCAUCAUGCCUGAGCCUGGCCGCGAGGAGACUGUGCGAGUGGUCGCUCUGGACAAGAACUUCCACAUGAAGUGCUACAAGUGUGAGGACUGUGGGAAGGCACUGUCCAUUGAGGCGGACGACAACGGCUGCUUCCCCCUGGACGGCCACGUGCUCUGCCGGAAGUGCCACACGGCCAGAGCCUAGACCUGAGUGAGGACUGGCCCCUUCUCCGCGGGGAGUCGGUUCCCCAUCAGCGGACCACCCCCACUGAGACCGCCCUGCCCCGCCACUGGCCCUGCCCCCUCCCUCCAUUCCAAACCCCACCCAGUAUCCCAACGGCCCUGACCCAGGGGCCCAAACACGGCCCAGGCUGCCGAGUCCCAGUCCUGGGUUUCCAGUCCUCCCCGCUCCCGCAGGGGCUCCCACCACCGUCCAGGCCCCCGCCUGGGGGUCGCCAGGUGGGGCACUGCUUUCACUGCUGCACCGAUGCCCUCAGCUGGGAUGCCCUCCACUGGCGCCUGAGCAGCCUCUGCUCUGCUUGCUGGGGGCCCGGACCCCGCCCCGGGGCCCCGGGGAGGCUGGGCGGGGCUGGGCUCACUGGCCUGGACAUUCCCACCUGCCCCCAUGCUGCCAGGCUGUGGCUACAGCUACAAAUAAAAAUCCUUCUUUUCCAGAA